AUGCCUAAACGACCAGCUUCGGAAUCACCAGAGCCAUCUUCGAAGCGCCACCGCCCAAAUGUUGUUCCUUACAUUAAACGACUUAGCGACGAGCUCUUUCUAAGGAUUGCCUCUUUCUUGUCGAUAUCUGAUCUUACAUCAUUCCAGAAAGUAUCUAAACGAUUCUCUCGUAUUGCGACAGAUGGCCAAAUCUGGAAGGCGCUCUUCUACAGGAGGUUCGUACGUCCUCGAGCUUCUCGGAUUCCAGGAGCAUCAAGAGCUCCGCCUUCGAGUCUGCACUAUUCAUCGCGUAAUUCGAGAUGGUUGGAGGAUGAAGGGCUUGCUAGGGCUAGCGCAACCAAUUGGAAGCAGCUCUACAGGCUGCGUCAUAAUUGGAAUAGAGGGAUAUGUAGUGUCAGUGAGAUCGAUAUCACUGCUAGCAGUAACGAACCACUCCCGCCGCUCCCACCGCCAGUACCGCCAUUGUUGGUCAGAUUGCACAAGGGAAUGGUCUUCACCGUGGACUCGACGCAUGGCCUUCGUGCAUGGAAGUGGAGAAACUCGAAGAAAAGUCCCAUCGCGAAUGCAGACCUAUAUCAAAGCUCUCUGGACCCUAGUUCGUACGGCGCUCCUACUGCAAUGGCCAUCGAUGAAGAUUGCGAUGCGACGAAGGCUGUCAAUAUCACAGUCGGAUUUGAAAAAGGUGGAUUUUGUGUGUAUCAGCUGGACAUGGAAAUGUCAUCCUCAACAUUCAGGCUCCGUUACAUCGAUCCCCGAAACGGCCCUUCCCCGGGGAAUAGUUCACACGGACCGAUGAUCAUCUCAAUGGCCUACUGCACACCAUACCUACUGACAAUGACAGCCUCUCAGCUUUUGACUGCCUAUCGAUUUGAAGGAUCAGACGACAUUGACAUUGAUGGGAGCAAGGGUAGUGCUGAAAACCGCGAGCGCAUGAUGCAUGCACCGAAAAUCCUUACAUCCUUGCAUUCGCAUACAGUCUGGCCCCCCUUAUCGCUUUCGCUUCGACGAUCAACACAAAGCUCAGUUAUUGCCUGCAUCGUCUACGCGUUCCCGCUGUACAUUUCAGGGUGGUCGGUGGGAAUCCAAGAACUCCGGUUUUCAGAUGAUGCGGAUGGAGUUCAUGACUCAAGAAUCGCAACGGCUGUGCCAUCCGGUUUCAACCCAGUGCCAAACCUGUCGCCGGCGAGUCCUCCCGCGCAAAGUAGCGUUGGGUCAAAGUCACAUUCGCAGGCGAAUGAUGUGCCUCUUGCUCAGCCUACUUGUCUUUCAUACACUCAUCCAUAUCUACUAGCCUCACAUGCCGACAAUACUCUCACCCUUUAUUUAGUCAAAUCUACAGCUUCAUCAGUCUCAAUAGAUUCUGGACAACGCCUUUGGGGACAUACUUCUGGAGUUUCUACAGCCCAGGUCAGCAGUCGGGGAAAAGCGGUCUCUAUGUCUACAAGAGGAUUGGAGCUCCGUGUUUGGGAGCUUGAGGGUGGUGUAUCGGAAAAGAGAAGAUUGAAUGCGAGUGUAAGAGUGGAAUCCUCCCAGGCAUAUAAAGGCAGUGACGUAGUAGAAGAGUGGCGCGGGGAUAGUCAAGGAUGGCUGGGCGGAUUUGAUGAAGAGAAGGUGGUGGUGUUGAGAGCUAAGGACGAAGGUAGACAGGCCUUGGUUGUUUACGAUUUCUCCCGCUAG